GAAGCCCUCAAUCAACUCAUGCCGAACUUCAAGCGACAGGACCUGGUUCAAAAGAGAUAAACAGCAUAAUUUCAACUCUGAAGACCUCACAUAUAAUCAAGACAACCCAAUACGUUCUUCGCUUCUGAAAUCUAGCGAAAAUGGCCAGCACCGCCACCUGCAUCUUCUGCAAGAUCAUCAAGGGCGAGAUUCCCUGCUUCAAGCUCUUUGAAAGCGACAAGACCCUCGCGUUCCUGGAUAUCCAGCCCUUGAGCAGAGGUCAUGCCCUCGUGAUUCCCAAGUUCCACGGCGCGAAGCUGGGGGAUAUCCCUGAUGACCACCUGGGCGAGAUCCUGCCUGUCGUCAAGAAGCUGGUCAAUGCCACGGGGGCCGAGGACUAUAAUGUUCUGCAGAACAAUGGCCGGAUUGCGCAUCAGGUAGUUGAUCAUGUUCACUUCCAUAUGAUCCCUAAGCCCAAUGAGAAGGAGGGUCUAGGUGUGGGAUGGCCCCAGCAGAAUUCUGAUAUGGAAGGAUUGAAGAAGCUUUUCGAAGAGAUCAAGGUGAAGAUGCCGGCCCAGCUGUGAGUCCCGCAGAGUUACCAUAUAUCUACUGUAUAAGUGGUAUAGCGAUACCGAACCGAAUACGUAGAUACGUGGUUCGACUCUAAACUCAACGUCGCAAAAGAACGAAAGAAACAUUGAAUCUAAAGCAGCUCCUAAAUUCUAGGAAACUGGCAUACGAGCGUAGUUCUAUUUAGGCGUGG